AUGAUGACUUCUAUUCCGGCCUAUAAUUUGAAUAAUUUAAAUUUACUGCCCAACUACACUAACAUAACUGGCAUACCCACGGCUAAUAAUUUAUUGUAUCCGCCUGGUAAGUAAAAGUACAAACUGUUUUUGCUUUUGGAAUUUCGUUUUAUUCUUUACGAGGAUUAAAUUUGAAGCUUAGGCUUAACAAUAAAAUUUUAGACUUCAAAUUGCAACUUUAGGCUUAAAAAUGAAAUUUAGGCUUACAACUUAAUUUUAGACUUAAAAAUGAAAUUUUGUGCUUAAAACUAAAAAUUUAGGCUUAAAAAUAAAGUUUAAGCUUACAAAUAAAAUUUUAGGCUAAAAGAUUAAUUUGUGGCUUAAAAAUGAUGAAUUUUUAUACCUAAAAAACGAUAAAUUUCCUAAAUAAAUAAGUUAAAAUGUUAAAAAAGUCUUUACAUUUUCCACCUAAAAUAUUCAAAAAAUAGUAUUAGAUAAUAUAAAAAAUCUUCAGGGGUAGACUACAGUCAAAUCAAUGAGUUCCUAACCCCAAACAUGACCGUGUUAUUACCACAACAACCUGUAACGGUAACAACGGAACCUCAAGCACAACAAGAUCAAAUCAUAAAUGUAGUGGAUAGCUCGCCAAAACAUGAUGAAAAGACCAAUAAUGAUAGCCCAGUACCAUCAAAGAAGAAAUAUAUUAGCCCAUUCUCCUCUGAAGCCAAGAUUCCGCUGCCUUCACAGCUGGAUGAAAUGUGGUAAGGAAGGUUUUGUAAAGAAAGUUCUUGCCAUUUUUUUUGUUUUGUAAAGAAACUUCUUGCCAUUUUAUGUUUUGUAAAGAAAGCUCUUGCCAUUUUUGGUCUUGUAAAGAAAGUUUUUGCCAUUUUUCCUUAAUGUGCAGUUCUUACCAUUUUCAGGGCCUACGGCACCACAGUACAUCGUAGAAACCAAAGAGAACGCGAAAGAGUCCGCCAAGUCAAUGACGGCUACGCUCGGCUACGUGAACAUCUUCCGCUAACUCAAAACGAAAAGCGGAUCAGCAAAGUCGACACAUUAAGAUUAACCAUUAUUUAUAUUCAACACCUCGAACUAAUGAUAAGACAUGUCAACCAUGAAUUGGAAUGUUCGUGCUUCUUGAAUUAUCAACCGUCUGGAGGAAAUUCUUCUAACUGA